AUGUUAGAAGAACUCCCCGCCGAACUUGCCUUGUUCAUUUUCUCUAAGAUCGAAGACCGCCUUGAUCUUAAAUGUUUGUCUGAAGUGUCAAGGCGGCUUAAUAGACUUGCAAUCCCAUUCCUAUACGAGUCUAUCCUUAUUACAACAGCCGAGAAAGCAAACGGGAUAGUAAGAGCGCAUCAGAGAGCUGGUGUGCUUCAGUAUACCAAAGACAUCCAGGUUGGGUGCGAAGGGAAUGAGGAAUGGUUUGACACGCAUAAUACGAGCGAGAGGGUAGAAAGGUGCCACCACUCGAAGUGGAAAAUGCGCACCGAUGACGAUGACCCAAGCUCAGACAACGAUUCUGGAGGUCCAGAUGAUGGGGUUACUGCUGAUGAUGAAAAUCUCACCAGCGCGGAGCUGGAGGACAAGAAAAGAUGGAUUGACACGGAAGGCAAGGCUAAAUUUUACGCCGUUACUGAUUUUAUUGAAUUCAGACAUAGAAUCCUGUCUAUUCUAAUUAGAUGCAAGGAGCGGACACUAAGGAGCUUUAGAUGGGAUCGUAAGGACUGCAUCCCUCCUGAAAUCCUAGGCGAAGAGGGUUACCUGCCUACGAAACAAAAUCCGCUAGAGACACUUUUUAUACGCGCUGAUGGUUCAUGUAAAUGUCACAGUUAUAAUCCCCAGUUAUUCACAAAGCUUAAAAAACUGGCGUGGGAUAAUUUGGGGGCUAGGCCGCCUGUUGGUGAAGAGGACCUUAAGAGACUUCGAGGCUGCUUAGAACUCGUUUCGCACCAGCUGGUUUACCUUGAGCUUGGGCUCAAACGGUGGGAGUAUUUAUUCCAUAACCCUAACGAUGAUGAUGCGACUAUUUCACAGGAGAUUAUAAAACCUAGUCCCGGCCCCGGCGGCAAAAGAUUUCAGUUCCAGAACCUACAGCAUCUAUCCUUGACGGGGCUUUGUGGCGAGGAGUGGCCAAAUUUCCUUGAUCGGCUCAAUGCCUCGGAAACUCCAUUUUGCCUACAUACGGUAGAGAUACAGGCCUGGACUGAAUAUGAUACCGAGAGUUCCGAAAAUGAAGACAUUACGAGGUUCAUCAAUAGAUGCGAACCACUUGAGAACCUUUACGUUGCUCUGAGAGAUCAAGAUGGAGCACUAGAACUAUGGCAGUCACUGUUACGGCAUCGGUAUACACUCAAAGCGUUUGUCUACUAUGUAGACCCAACCGUCAGUACCCUCGAAGACUCUACUCCAUUCUAUAUACACGACGCCGACGUUUCAUUUGGGAAGCCCCAUAGUCACAAAACGAACGCCGAAUGGAAUCCCCUUAGAGACCUCGACCUAGAAUUCCUUGGGGUCAGCUAUGAUUUUGAAUACUUGCUUCCGGUCUUGGCUCCAGUCACAAAAAACAGAUGUCUUAAGGUCUUGCUUAUCCGGAGAGAUCCUCUUUUGGUGAUUGACCGCCUAAAGGCAGUUGAAAAGCCAAAGAGAGCGACAGACUCAGAGGACGAUAAGAGUGAUAGUGAUAAGGAUGAAGACUUUCAGGACUUUGACGAGUUUGUUCAAUGGGCGUUUGGACCAGAAGGAUUUCCAUCCCUACAGAUGAUCGGGCUCGGCGAUUUCACAGAUAGUAUAGAGCCUCGUGAGAAGGCACUACUCUGCCCCAAGUCUGAUCCAGAGUCCGAAGAGGUGUUCCCUGGCAGGAACUAUCGCUUUGUUACAAGACGUGAUUGGGCCCAGCAGGAGUUGCUUCGCAACUAUGCCGGCGCAAUGCAAGCUUGUCCUACAGACCUUAUUGAGGAGUGGACAUUGUGA